AUGAACUCAUCAGAAUCCAGUUUGAUCGAAUUCACUAAACAGUUCAGCAUUCAAACUAAUUCAAAAUCUAUCACUACUAUCAAAUUCUCACCAGAUCAUCAAAAACUAGCUAUCUCUACCACAAACUCAAUCAUUGAAAUCUAUCAAUUCAUCACUCAUCCAAAUCCAACUCAAUCCAAAAAGGUUCCAAUCGAAAUCUUACAUUUCUUAACGCUCACAGGUCAUCAACAAGGAAUCAAUGAUCUAAGUUGGUCAAACGAUUCAAAACUAAUCGGAUCAGCUUCAGAUGAUUUCACCCUAAAGAUCUGGUCUAUCGAUUUCCAAUCCAAAGAAUCUUAUACCGUUAAAACUCUUAAAGGUCAUUCGAAUCAUGUCUAUUGUUUAAAGUUUCAUCCCUUAGGUACUUUGAUUAUCUCUGGUUCGUUUGAUGAAUCGAUUAAGAUUUGGGAUUCGGCUACCAAGAAGUGUUUGAGAACUUUAUUGGGUCAUUCCGAGGUGGUUUGUGCUUUGGAUUUUAGUAAAGAUGGAUCAGUGAUCGUGAGUGCUUCGUUUGAUGGAUUAACUCGGUUAUGGGAUACUGCUACAGGUCAAUGUUUGAAAACUUUAGUAGUAGAUGAAGAAACUCAUGCACCAGUUUCGUUUGUGGCUUUUACACCUAAUUCAAAUUAUCUUUUAACUUGUGCAUUAGAUUCGAUUGUAAGAUUAUGGGAUUAUAAAACUAAAGAAGGUACAAUUGUGAAAUCUUUUAAAGGUCAUACUAACAUUAAGUAUUCUAUUCCUGCAAAACUCAUGGCUAUUGGUCAGGAGGGAAAAGCUUUGGUCAUCAUGGGUAGUGAAGAUGGAAAGAUAUGGAUUUGGGAUUUACAAAGUAGAGAGACUGUUCAAGUUCUUGAUGCUCAUUCAGAUAGUGUGAUUUGUAUUGAAACAUUUAAUGGGAACUUGAAUGAUUUGGUUUUUUUAUCUUCUGGUUUGGAAAAAGAAAAUGGAUUUAAAUUGUUUAAGACAAGUUUAUAA